GAUCCCGAGCAAGUGUUAACUCACCUCAUGACUUGGUUUCCACGGUGGUAUCAAUUAAGGAACAAGUGCCGAACGAGCUCGUAGGUGAAUUCAAUGCUUGGGCGAAGUAAAUGAACUUACCGAGCUUGUCGUUCCCCUCGACUACACCAGUUGACUCAUGUAGUCACCCAAAAGGACAAGGAGAAGAUGAAAUACAUGGAGACGAUGAUAUACAUGAGGGUGGUACUCCUAGACAUGCAAACUCGAGGGAGCUCGAUAAUCCAGCACCUCCUCAUUUUCCAGAUUUACAGGAAGAGACCCGUUGUGCACUUCAACACCCGGGCAAAUCUGGAGCUUCGAAUGUGGUUAAAUAUGGUAGUGCACAACCGGCCGAACAAGGUACGGUCCAGUUGCGACCACUUAGGCCACAACAUUACUCGGUCGGGAUCAAUUCUGUGAUGGGUUCGAGGACAUCCUAAUACCGGUGCCUGUAGAGGAGGAUGAGUUUACUACACUUUGGUCAGCAAAAGGUAGCUUUGUGCAGUAGCCAUGUGCUUGGGUAAGGUUGAUG